AUGCCUCCGGUUCAGCUGCAGUAUGAAAGGUUGUGGUUCGAGGGUCCACUAUGGCUACGUCAAGAUCCAAGUAGGUGGCCAUCUGAGGUUCCUGAUGGAGAAAUCGAUCAUGCAACCCUGGAGGAGAAGAAAGUUGUGGCCCUCCCAGUCAAGGCUGACUUCGUAAAUGAAUUAUUUGGUCUUCGAUCAUCGUUUUAUGGCCUAAUUCGGUUGCUUGCUAAUAUUCGCCGAUUUGUACAUAACUUACGACAUAGAGAUGCAAGACGCACAGGUUUCUUAACACGCGCUGAGCAUGAGGAUGCUAUAACAUUCCUGGUCCAACAAGCUCAGCGAGAAUCAUUUUCAGCUGAGAUAGCCGCACUGAACAAAGGCAAAUCCAUCAAUUCGUCGUCUUCGAUAAACAGGCUAAAUCCAAUACUUGUUGAAGGCAUAUUGUGCGUAGGCGGUCGUCUGGCUAAGGCGCCAGUGUCAGUUAGUAGGAAACAUCCGAUGAUUUUGAGUCACCAUCAUCCAUUGGCAAGAUUGAUUCUACACGACUAUCAUUGCAAAUAUUUCCACUGUGGGCUACAGCUUCUCGUGUCCAGCGUACGUGAGCGGUUUUGGAUUACACGUAUCCGGAGCCUAGCAAAUUCCGUUAUGCACGAGUGCGUUCGGUGCUUCCGCAGCAGACCGAAAGUUUUGGACCAACUAAUGGCCGAUUUGCCGGAGGAACGAGUGUCUCCAUCGCCUCCAUUCCUAAGGACAGGCGUGGAUUACUGUGGACCAUUCAACAUCAAAUAUCCCAUUCGUCGAUCCACCGCCAGGAAACAGUUCGUCGCUAUUUUUGUCUGCCUCGUUACGAAGGCGAUCCAUCUUGAGCUGGUUAGCGAUUUGACCAGCGAAGCAUUCCUCGCCGCAUUAAGACGAUUCGUUGCUCGCAGAGGCAAACCAGUUGUGAUCAUGUGUGAUAACGGCACCAAUUUCGUCGGCGCUAAUCGUAUGUUAAAGGAGCUGCGACAAUUAUUCAUCGAACAAAGGUUUCAACAUGCAGUAGCCCGUGGAGCGAAUGAGGAAGGCAUAGAAUUUCGCUUCAUUCCGGCAAGAUCUCCAAAUUUCGGUGGAUUAUGGGAGGCCGCCGUCAAAUCCUUUAAGGGUCAUUUCAAGCGUACCAUCGGUGAUCGUGUGCUCUAG